UUAUUUGAUAUUGCCAACGAAAUAAAACAAUAUUUACGUUACAGAGGCGCUCAGUUGAUGGUCAGUGUGUGACAAAAGCAAGCGCCCUACACAUUCCUUUGAUGGAAAGGAUGAUUACAUCGCUAUAAUUUUUUGUAUCAUUUUUGGUGAAUCCGAUAGAAUUUAGAGAGUUGCAGACACAGUAUUUGUUGGGUUGACACCAGCCAUUUCGUUUUCACUCAGUGUUUACGGCUUUGUGCGUUUGUGACGAUUCGUGGGAAGUAAUUGUACAGAGAGAAAUUUUAAACUUUCGUUGAAUAGUUUUGUUGUGAAGAAAACCAUGUCUGUCGCCUUCGUACAGCGCGGUAGGCCACCGCCGAAUCCCAUGCAGAUACAGAAGAUGUUGGAUGAAAACUGCCACCUUAUUCAGACUAUCCAAGAAUAUCAGAGCAAGGGAAAAGCACAGGAGUGCAUGCAAUACCAGCAAAUACUACACCGUAAUCUGGUGUACCUUGCGUCCAUUGCUGAUGCCAAUCAGAACAUCCAAGCAAUUUUGCCUCCUCCAGGUGCUCCACAGCAUGGCAUGCAUGGACCACCACCUUCAGGGCAGCCAGGUGGGCCAGGUGGACCUGGUGGACCUGGUGGUCCCUCACCAACACCGAGUGGUGAGAUGCCUCCAAAUACACAAGGGCCUAUGCAGACUUUCCCACAGCAGCAGGGAGGCUACAGAGGUCAAAUGAUGCCAUCGCAGCAAGCGAUGCCCCAGCGACCUGGAGCAACGUCCGGACCACAACAGUAUCGAGGAGCUUAUCCUCAGCAGGGACCGCAGGGCUAUCCAGGACAGUAUGCAAACCAGUCUCAGGGUCCCCCACAGAGUUACUGUCCUCCAAUGGGACCCCAGCAGGGGCCACAAGGGCCCCAGCAGGGGCCACAAGGAACCCAGCAGGGGCCACAGGGACCCCAGCAGGGGCCACAGGGACCACAGCAGGGGCCACAGGGACCACAGCAGGGUCCACAGGGACCACAACCAGGACCACAGCAAGGGCCACCAUCACAACAACAAGGGCCACCACAGCAGCAGGGCACUGCACCACCAUCACAACCACAACCACAGCAGCAGCAGCAACAACAGCAGCAGCAACAACAACAACAGGCCCCAGGACAAUCACAGUCUGCACCACCACCACCUCCACCACAAGCAACACAGGGAUCUGCACAAACACAACAACAAGGUCCUCAACCACCACAGUCAACUACUGGUACUGGGCCACAGCAGAUGUCUGUAAACUCUGCCCCACAGCAGGGUAGUAGUUACCCACCAGGUGCACCAAGUACCACAUAUAGUGGGCCUUCAUCACAGCAACAACAGCAGCAACCACAGCAGCAAGGUUAUGGACAAGGAGGAGCACCACAGCAAACACCUGGUUCCUUGCCAUCACAGCAGCAACAGCCACAGUCACAGCAGCAGCAGCAGCAGCAACACCAACAACAGCAGCAGCAACAGCAACAACCACCACCCUCCCAGCCUCAGGCACAACAGCAGUUAUCUGGAGGAUAUGGACCGUCACCCCCUACCACUACAUCUGUUGGGACUGGUCCCAGCUUCAUCAGUCAGGGGCCUGGACAACCACCUCAGGGUAGUAAUUACGGCAGUGGGCCCACUGGACCAAAUUUACCUUCACCAUAUGGACCACCACCUCCAGGAUCUGGACAGGCAUUAUCACAGUCAACACCUAGUGGCUAUCAAGUGUCAAGUGGUACGCCAUCUCAUCAGGCUAACAGUGGCUACAGUCAUGGGCCAAUUCCUACAAGUCAGCCCCAACCAGCUUAUGGGUCUGCUAGCUCUCAGACAAGUUACGGACCAGUGGCACAAUCUUCAACUCAGACAGGACAGGUUGGACCCCCAUUUAACAGCACUGGCCCCAGUCCAGGAUCUGGACCUACAAGCAGCAACUUCCAACCACAUCAGGGACAUCCAUCACAUCCGUCACAUCCAUCUCAUGGACCAUCAUCACAGCAGCCACCAUCACAGCAGUCAUCAUCGCAGCAGCAGCCACCACAGCAACAGUCCCAACAAACACAAGCUCCAGGAAAUUAUGGAGGUCCAGGGAAUGGUCCAUCAGGAAAUUUUGCACCUCCAUCUACUCAAGCCCAAGUCCCUUCUCAGACAUCAACUAGUACAUACGUGGGCCGCUCAAGUCCAGGUCCUGGAGUAGGAGGCUAUGGCCCUUCUGCUGCAACCUCACCACCCUUUACUGGAUCUCCUCAGACAGCUUACUCACAAACUGGAACUACUACCAGUUCUGCACCAUCAGCUUCUACUCAAACUUAUCCUCAAGGGCCUUCAGCUGGUCCACAACAACAAAACUAUCCUGCCACCACGCAGUCCAGUAGCAACUACUCUCCUUCCGCACAGUCUGUUGCUAGUGGAUAUACUCCAACAACUCAAGUUAGCACUUUUCCACCUUCUACCCAAUCUGCUACUUACCCUUCAACAUCACAGUCUGGUGGAUAUCAGGCUUCAUCACAGUCAGGUGGAGCGAUAUAUUCUAUUUCAUCACAGUCAAAUGCUUAUCCUCCAUCAUCACAAGGAGGAGUCUACUCCACUUCGAGCCAGGCUGGUGGUUACCCGCAGUCAUCACAGGGAAGCAAUUAUCCACCGUCUACACAGGGUGGAAGCUUCCCUCCAACGAGCCAAACUACUUAUUCUUCACCAUCACAGGGUAGCAGCUUUCCACCCAGCACACAGGCUAGCAAUUAUCCUCCAAGUACUCAGAGUAGUGGGUACCCUGUCACAACUCAAUCCAGUGGGUAUCCUACGACGACACAGGCAAGUGGAUACCCUCCAACAACUCAAUCCAGUGGGUACCCUCCAACAACACAAACAAGUGGAUUUCCACCUACAACACAGUCCAGUGGCUAUCCGCCAACAACACAGUCUGGAGGGUACCCUCCAACCACUCAGUCAAGUGGAUAUCCUCCAACUACACAAUCAAGUGGGUACCCUCCAACUACACAGGCAGGCUAUCCACCUGUGACUCAGAGUGGGUACAUGCCUCCACAGCACCCACCGAGCACUGCUCCUGGACAGGCAGGCUUUCAGCCCCCUGGAGGUCCAGGUGGACCACAGGGUCCACCUCCUGGUUCAGUACAGAAUCCUCCUAGUGGUUAUGGCCUCCCACCUCUCCAGUCACAUCCAGCCACAACUCAGACCUAUGUUCCGCCACCUCCCCAGGCUGGUCAGCCACAAGGUUAUCCUCCUCAACAUGGCUACCCAUCUCAUGGACAACCUGGGUAUGGACCACAGUCAUAUCCUCCUCCGCCAACACAAGGGUAUUCCCAGUAUCGUCCGCCUUCAGGCCAAAUGCCACCUCCUGGGCCACAUGGCCCCCCUCCUCAAAGUCAGUAUGGUGGAUAUGACCAGAGCAGGUUUCCAAGUUACCAGCCACCACCACAGUAAUUGUAACACCCUUGAAAGAUUUGAGUCACUUCCACAUAUCGAGUAUUGGUGUGAAGAAGAGAAAUGAGGUUUCCUCCUUUUCAUAGCUUCAGUUAUUUAAACACCUCAAAGUGUGUAAUUAAUUAUGUAAUAACAUUGACUUGACUUUCAGAAAACUUCCAUGAAGUCUAUAAUUACAUGAUAUACUCACUUUAAUUUGAUAUAGACCAGUUAAGCUAUGCAGGCAGUGUUUUCAUGUCCCCAUUGCUUUACUGGAACUGAUUGUUUUAUUUCUUAUUGCUUGCAUGCAAGUGUAAACUAUUUUUUGUUACUGUUUUGUUCAGUGAUAAUCGCUGAAAUGUAUUCUUUACUUUUUAUACUGUGAUUUAUUUUUUUGUGCAGUGUAUCUAUUCUGUUUAAACAGAAAGUAAAUUUUACUGAAGUCAGUAACAGUAUGUGGAUAGCUAUUUUUUUAUAAAGGUCUAUAUAACUAGUACCUGAUGAGAAGAUUUACUUGUGUGCAGAAGUAUAGUAAACUAUACUUGCUCUUUUCAUAUUUCAUUUGUUCAUAUCAGAGCUUUGUAAGAUAGGAAAAGAGAUUAGAGAGAACAGUGAUUUCAUUUCCACCUCCUCAUUAAAAAGUUACCAGGGGGUCAGAUUGCUAUUUUGAGGGGUACCACUGCUUAAUUUGGUCUUUAUAGUGAUGGAAAAGUGAUGUGCAUGAAACAAAGAAUGAUGGUUAAUUGCAGUUAAUCCAAACUGCUGUAUACAUCAUCUACAUGGUUACAAAACUUUCCUUGGUCAUGUUGGCCAAGUACAUAAGAAAUAUGAUGAUGACAUUUGAAUAAAUGAUAACUACAGGUUUUGUGAAAAGAAUCCUUGAGAAAAUUGAAUUUGAUUGAAAUUAAAAGUAAAUAUUUGGAUGUGAGAUAAACAGAACUGUAGUUGCAGUGAAGGCACAGAGUAAAAAAGCAUGUAGAAAAUAUAAAAGAUGAGGAAAUAAUGUAUUAUUUGAGUCCUGUAGGAUGAGAAAUGAUCACAGAGAAGGUGUCUAUGAAAGAAUACCUUGCUUUUGUAACUUUAUUUAUCUUGACGGGUUUUUCUACUUUCUGUCUCUGUUGUCACGCCCAUUGCUCACACUCUGCAUUAACUGUUGUAUUUUCAUUAUAUUCUAACAAGAGGUCACAUUAUGUGUUCAUUUUUUUCAUUGGCUUAAGUUACAGUUUUGGUGAAACUGUAGUUUGGUACUUCUCUGUGUAUGCGUUAUCAACAAGAUCACUGCCCAUUUGUAGUCAGAUAUUCUGUUCUUUUUUUGGAAUAAUUUGUUGAUCCUUAGUAUUUCUCUUUCAGAGAAAUGAUUUUUGGUUUGUUUUGUGGAUAAAUUGCUUCUAUAUGGCAUUUCAUGCAGUUUGACUUUGUGAGCUUUGUUGACAUGUUUGCCAGAUAAGGCCUAUUCUUCCUGACUUUGCAGUUUUAAGAAAGUAAUUAUGCUGCAGUAUUUAAAUAGAGCUAUGUUUCUGUGUUGUGACUUCAGUGUUAAUUAGGUGUUAUAAACUGUAAGAUUCUCAUGCCUUCUAAGUAUGUAAGCUACUUGACAAGAUUAUCGGUCCAUUAUACAGUAUGUCCAAUACAGUAUGUGAAUUACAUAUAGACCUAAAAAUGAUCUGCAACUACUCCAUGUGUAUACUUACUGACACCUGGAGGUAAUACGUAUUUAUAUGUAAAAUAUGUUUAUUUACAUGCAUACUUUUUACUCAUUUUCCUCUAAGAUAUGUAAAAGGAAAUUAUUAUGAGAAUAGCUGUCUGUAACGUUUUUGUGAUACAUUGCUAAUGUAGUAACUAGGUGUUGCUGUAUGAUGUUGUGAUAUUAAAUGUGUCAUUUUUAAAUGUAACUAGUGCAAAAUAUUCUGGUUGUAUUAGUUUGCUUCUUUACAUUUGAAUUAGUGUGUUCUGUUAUUGUAGGAGAUCUGUGUCUUAAAUAUAUGUAAUCCAGUGUUCCUUUGUUUUUUUGUGUAAUUGCAUGCGUGUGUAUGUGCUCAUCUAGUUGUCCAUAUGUAUAGUGUUAAUGAUGUAGCAGGCAAUUCAGUGAAUAAAUAAAGAUAUCACUCAAAUGAAACGGGAGAAAAAUAUCUUCCAGAAGGAAA